GUGACGGGCUACACGCACUAAGGGAGUAAUCUCCGUGACUCCUCCUCUAAGAAGAAAGCUACCGUAACACAGCAGACAAUGUCUUCAAGGUUAGACAGACUGCUAGUACUGCUGGACACUGGCUCCACUGCUGUAGUAAGGUCAGCAGCAGCUAAACAGCUGGGAGACAUCCAACAAUCCCACCCUCGUGAGCUGCAGAACCUUCUCCAGCGGGUUUAUGUGUAUCUGAAGUCUAAGACGUGGGAGAGUAGAGUUGCUGCUGGGGAGGCUAUCACAGCUAUUGUUCAGCAUGUUCCUCUGUGGGGCAACUGUAAAGUGGAAGAGGAACAGUGUGGAUACCUAACAUUCCAAACCUUCUCACUGGAAGAUGUCAUGAGGCAUGGUACCCCACUACUGGCUAGUGUCGGAACCGAGUUCGAUUCUCAUUUAGCGGACCAACCAGGACAGAAGCAGCGGCUAUCUAAAGAGCUGGGUUUAACGGUGGGUAAUGUUCAGCUAUCAGAUGAUCUGUUUAAUGACGAGGAUCUGGUUCAAGCUCCUCCUCCUCCUCCUGCUAACAUCAAACCUGAGGACCUCAAGAGGAGUAUAAAUAGUUUACUGAACGGUGACGAGACCUUAUCGGCAAGGGAAAGAAAUAAAGCUAAACGUAAAGCUAAACAGUUAUCUCGUCAAAACAGCCUCAGUGGACCAAGGUUUGCUCAUAUUAUUUGA